UGAAACCUCGUCCUCCCCUCUGCCCUCCUCCAAAAAACCCUUCUCCUCCUCAAAGUCCCUCUUCUCCUCCUCCUUCAAACCCUCCCAAUCCAACCUCAGACUCCGGCGAUCCACUGCCCCGCCCUCUCCGCGUCGUAAACGAGAAGGUCGUCGGAAUCGACCUCGGAGCAACGAACUCGGCGGUGGCGGCGAUGGAGGGAGGGAAGCCGACGAUCGUGACGAACGCCGAGGGGCAGCAGUUUGCGGCUGAGGAGAUAACCCUGGCCCAAGUCUCCUUGUUAAUCUGGAUUUGGAUGGGGUCAUGUCAGUGGAGGAGAGGAGGGAGGAGCAGAGAGAAGAGGAGGCUCUGCACGCUGGCAGUCUCCGAGUUCCUCGGAGGCUCGAGGAGAAUGACAAACUUGUCCUUACUCCUUUUGAAAAGAAUCUGGACAUAUGGAGACAGCUUUGGCGAGUACUUGAACGAAGUGAUCUGUUGGUGAUGGUUGUCGAUGCCCGGGAUCCAUUAUUUUACCGAUGUCCUGAUCUUGAGGCAUAUGCACAAGAAAUUGAUGAGCAAAAGAAAACUUUGCUUCUUGUUAACAAGGCAGAUCUAUUGCCAUUCACUGUGUGUUUUGCGGGGAGGAAUAGGGAGGACAUGCAGUAUGGAGCUGAGGCUAUGUUGCAGGGUCACAUGAGAUUUGGGCGAGGUUCGGAUAUGGAGAUGCUUCAAGGGGUUACUUCUGUGUCCAAUGUGCCUUUGCUUACCAAUGGUGAAAUGGAAUUCGGAUACCACUGUCAUGAAGGAUAAAUAAAAACCUUGGAACGACAAUAUACACUUUUCCCUUGCAGGAAGAGGUCUGUUAAUUUAUGCAUGACAUGUUUGUGACUCGUACCUGGAAUGUUUGUGAUUUAUGCAUGAAAUUGGAAGAAAAUGCAGUAUUUUUUUUAGUUAAAGAAUUGUGUGUAACUCAAUGCAGUAAUUUUUUUUGCUUUGAUGAUUUUAGUUACCUGAUAAAUUUCCCAGUAUCCUCAAGGUUGCAUCAGAAAGUAGUUCAUCUGUAAGAUUAGGUGGUGGCAAUGCUGUUUUAAAUGGUGCUAUUGGUGGGUACAUGUAUUUUCUUGCUGCCCAAGGCCUCUGAUUUCACAAAAAAGCAAUAUUGUUUCUUAUAGGAGCUCAGACUGCUUGGGAUAUUCUGUUCGAGGAACAAGCUCUGAAACACAUAAGUACCAAUUGUGAAGAUCUAGAUGGCAUACUUGGAGGUGGUAUUCAUUGCAAAGAAGUUACUGAAGUUGCUUUGCAGGUGGAGUUCCAGGUAUUGGCAAAACACAACUGGGGUAUGUUUAGUUUUUCAUCUUAGGCACCUUAAGUGGGUUUGCAAUGAUAUGUUACUUGUAUGAGAAGUCCACUGCCCUUGAAAAUGGUUUUGGUUUGCUAAUUCAUUUCAAGACCUUUAAUGCUUACAAACCCAAGGAUUAUUGAUGAUUCAACAUCUCCUCAUGGCAAACUUUUUGUCAGAUUUCAAUGAAUUGUGGUUAUUCUUUUACUUUGAUGAUACUUUUGUAAUUUUGAACUCACAUUUUCUGAUCAUACAAUAGAAAAAAUUAGAAAUUGUACUAUGCACACCUUGAUAACGGUGACUGUAGCUGGAACAAAUCAAAUUGCCUGUUUCAGAAUACAGAAACAGAUUAAGUUCUCACAGUUGUAGCAAUGAUUGUACACCAUCAACCAAUUGACUAAGCCCUCUAUAAAGAAGUUUCACGAUGAAUGGUUCUGUAAGUCCCAUAGCACAAGAAUUUCAGGUUUUCUUCAGUUAGAAAUUUAAAUGCAUUCAUAAAAUAGAACCUUACAAUGAACUUCUGUUAUUUUAUUUCGAAACUGACAUGUUUUUUGUAUUCAAUUCCUUUAUUCCACAGGUCAAAGUUGUAUUUCAGUAAAUCACUUUCAUGCAGCACGAGUCAAUGUGGACAGGGGAAUAGGAAUAUGAAGCAAAAGGAAGAAUUAUGCACCAGAUGAGGCAGAGAAGCAUAACAGAUGAGAUCAAGCAACGAAUUUGAUCAAGCAAAUUGUGUUUCUUUCUUUUUUCUUUAUGGAUUACAAGCAAACUGGAAUAUUUAAACAGGCCUUUGAGUGUUGAUUUGGAAAUGGAAAUGAAUGUAACUAAUUUGUAAUGGGAGUAAAUUCUUUGUUUAUCAUAAUAUACGUGUUUGGAGUAUAAUUUGAUA